CUUGUUUUCUUUCUUCUUUUUCACUCUCUUUUUAUUUUUUAAUUCACACAAUGACGGAUUCACUUUUACCUUUCCGGUUUCCCCUCCAUCGCAGUGACAAUAAAGUACUGCGGUUGCUGCGAAUAUGUAGUCCACGGAGGUUCUUUCUAAUACUCCUCUGUGUGGGUCUGGCUAUCCUCGUCGUCAGUCUGAUACAGCCGGAAUACGCCAUGGAGCGAAUUUACACAAUUAUGGAUUUCGAAUCCGAGAUUGACGCGCCCAGCUGGACGAGUCAAUACGAAACCGAGCGUCAGAGCUUAUACACGCCCAGCAUGUUUAUCCCCGAAGCAUUGGAACAGAACCACUAUAUUCCCAUGGCAGCAGUAGUGGAUCGUGUUUCCAAAGACGAACAGGCCAUCUACCACAUCAUUAAACAUCUUAUAAAGUAUCCCUUCAUCAAAGAAAUCUAUAUCAAUAACAAGCUCUCGCGUAGACCGCUUUCAAUGGAGCUUUUCCAAGACCUCAACUUUAUUCGUUCCAAACAUGAUCGUCUUGAACUUCAUAUCAUUGAACCAUUCAACAACAGUAACGACCCUUCGCUCGCACGAUUCACCUCCUGCACCUUGACAACCUACAGUCACUGCUAUUUUCAAGACGAUUUGGCAUUAAACCUCUACAUGGACUCGCAAUAUACCAAUUUCCUUGACACACCGCACCUAAUCCAUGCUAAUGCACGACCUGCAACUUUUGUUGAUCAUCAACGCUGGCGUUUUCAACGCGGGAACGAUUUACAUGUCGGUUAUGCACAAUUCCGUUAUGGUGCUAUUGUGCAAAAAUCACUUGUGGAGUCAUUUAUUAGCGCUGCUACCGACCAGCAACAACCAGGCCUCGGGCGCCAUGCUGAUAUCAACUUUAUUUUCUGGACUAAUCAAUACCCAUGGCUCCUUGCCAACCCGCUCACGACGACUGGGCCGGUCGACGAGUUCGAUCAUACCAACACUAUCGAUCCAAUCAAUAAUCGCAAGACUGUAUACCGCUCUAUGUAUGAUGCGUUGCGGCGACUUGAACAACGUCUGUCCAUACAAUCCCACGAAGCCGCCAAUCCACCACUCAUCGACCGCCAAGUGCGCGCAUCAUGUGCAAACGACCAUUGUUUAUUCACGACCAACAUCAGCCCAUUCGAUGGAGUGGUAGAUGAACAUGAAUUCAAUACCGAAAAAAUAACGAGUAUCCCACAUUGGGAGGCAAUGUAUCAAGAAAUGGAUGUGCCAUCACUCGAGACUUGGCAGACAAGUGCAUUUCACUAUGCAGUUGAUAGUCAUCCUCGCACUUGCUGGAACUCAUAUGCACAUCCACGAGCCGGGGAUUACUUUGGAUUAAAUAUGGUUGGCACCAUCCCAGCAAAGCGGAUAUUGGUACAUUUACGGAGGCCCAUCGAAAUUGGACACAACGGCAGCAGUGGACAAGAGGAGCUUUUCAAUGUAACUGUUUCAGAAAAAAAGGACCAAUGGGUUGACUGCCAAGCAUCCCGCAUCCAAGACCUCGAGACAUCGCAUCGGAUUGCGCUGCAUUUGGAUGACUGUCCAGACGUGAAAGCAUGGAACGCUAUCCGGAUUGUAUUCGCUCGAGACUUGCAAGACCCAAUACAGAUUUGCGGUUUAGAUAUAGACAACAUGCAUGUAUAAGAGAGUAGUAGCUUAAUUAAUUAUAUGCUUCUUCAAAUUAUAUAAAUUCUAAACCGCACAUACACACACACACACACACGCACACAUACGAAGGGAAAAGGGAAGAAAAUAGUCUACUUUUUUUUUUGUGGGUUGUUCCGCAGAGUGCAUGUGCGU